CCGUUCUCGCCAUGUCUCCCGCUACGCUCGCAGCCCAGGCUCAGGCCUCUUUCCCCGACACCGGGCUCCACAUCAUGGGCAUCGCCUCCCAAUACCCCGACCAUGCCGUCGGCGUCCAGGAGUUCAGGGAGUUCGUUCUCAAGAACACCCCCAGAACCCCGAUCAUUGAGAAGCUUCUCGUGUUCAACGAGAGCACGGGCAUCGACACACGUCACACAAUAUCUGAACUCAUCGACCCUAUAAGCGUCAACAGCACCGAGGCGCCCACCAUCGACCAGCUCUCCGAAUACUUCCUCAAGGAGGGCGUCAAGAUCGCCGCCGCUGCCUCCUCCAAGGCUAUCGAAGAGUGGGGCGGCGAUGUCUCCGAGAUCACUCACGUCAUCGCUGUCACCUGCACCAACUCGGCCAACCCAGGCUAUGACUACUAUGUCGCUCGCGAGCUCGGUCUCAAGAGCACCGUCGAGCGCACCCUCUUGCACGGUGUCGGCUGUGCUGGUGGUCUCGCCGCCCUCCGCAACGCUGCCAACAUCGCCCUCGGUGCCACCUUCCUCAACCGCCCCGCACGGAUCCUCAUUGUUGCAUGCGAGCUCACGAGUCUCUUGAUCCGCUCCGAGCUCGACUUGAUGCAGAAGACUGGCAACUUCCGCAUCGGCGCCGCCAUCUUCAGCGAUUGCGCCUCCGCGGCGGUCCUCAGCAACGGCAUCGGCGAGAGCCCCGACGCGAAGCCCGUGUACGACCUCCUCGGCUGGGACCACCUGACCGUCCCCGAGACAUCCGGAGACAUUGGCUUCGACAUCCACCCCCACGGCUGGAACGCUGUCCUGACCCCGAAGGUCCCCGCCAUCGCCGCCGCAGGGACGCCGCCGGUCUUCGGCUCGCUCCUGUCGCGCAUCCCCUCGCUCGCGCCCGACGGCGUCGCGCCCGCUGCCGCCGACUUCGACUGGGCCGUGCACCCGGGCGGCGCCAAGGUGCUGCUCAGCGUGGGCAAGGUCCUCGGGCUGCCGCUCGAGCACCUCCGCGCGAGCUGGGACAUCUACAAGAACCGGGGCAACAGCUCGAGCGCGACGAUCCUCAGCGUCAUGCACCGCCUGCGCGAGCCCGACAUGGGCGAGGGCCGCGAGAACGUCGUCGCCGUCGCGUUCGGCCCCAGCGUCGCCGUCGAGAUGUGCAUCCUUAAGCGGGUCAGGGGUGUGGCUCCCCAUGCCGACGUCGCCCCCGCCUCGGUCGGCUCCUCUGACUCCGAGUAGAGUGUGGACUGUACCGUAGAUGUGCUGACUGCUCCUUUGCUCCCUGUUCCCACUGUAUCCAACUCCCCAAGGACAGAUCAUCUCUAAGUCUUUAGCUCUGCCGAAAAUUUUGCCCCAACGUUAUUUUAACUUACUAUCUUGUUCUGUUGUUGUCUUGUAUACGUCCAGGGUUUUCUUGUAUACGUCCAGAGCUUUCAAUCUGUAGAUCUGUCUGUUGCAAAUAGAGCAUGCCUGUUGUGUUGCU